GGAAAGGGGCGGGGCUCCCUCCACCUCUCUCGGGGCGGGGCCGGCGAGGAGGGGGCGGGGCUUGGGGCGGGGCUGGCCGCGCGCUCCUUCCCUGACCCUCGCUGAGCGCCGAGGGGGCGUGGCCGAGCUCCGGGGACGGAGCGGGCAGCGCGGAGCCCCGCCCCUCCGUGGCCAAGCUCCGCCCCCCGCUGCGAGGCCCCGCCCCCCGCGGCGCCCCUCGCUCAGAACCGCUCCGGGCGCCGCCGCCGCCGCCGUUCGGUCCCCGGGGAGGCGCCGCGAUGAAGGCGGGCGUGAUUCACUGUAGGUGCUCCAGGUGUUUUUCUUUCCCUUCAAAGCGAAGGAUAAGAAAACGGCCCCGAGUCCUGACGUUGCUAAGCCUGCCUGAGGAUGUUCUGUUUCAUGUUCUGAAAGGCCUUCCUGCUGAGGACAUCCUCUCGGUCAGAGCUGUGCACUCACAUCUUAAAUACCUUGUGGAUAAUCAUGCUAGUGUUUGGGCAUGUGCAAGUUUUGAAGACGUAUGGCCUUCUCCAAAAAACCUGCAAGUGUUUGAAAGGGCUGCUGAAAGGGGUAACUUUGAAGCUGCUGUGAAGCUGGGAAUAGCAUACCUGUACAAUGAAGGCUUGUCCAUCUCUGAUGAAGGUCGUGCAGAAGUGAAUGGAUUAAAGGCGUCUCAUUUCUUCAGUCUGGCAGAGCGUUUGAAUGUGUCCGCAGCCCCAUUCAUCUGGCUUUUCAUUCGUCCUCCCUGGUCCUUGAGUGGAAGCUGUUGUAAAGCUGUGGUCUUUGAGAGUCUUAAAGCAGAGUGUCAGCUGGAGAAAGCUCAGAAAGGAUCGAUUCUCUACUGCUUGGCUAAGGUCUUGAGUCUCUUUGAGGAUGAAGAAAAAAGAAAAGAGUCCCUUGAAAUGUUUGAAGAAUCUUCAAAGCAGGGUUGUUUAAACAGCUCCUACCUCCUUUGGGAAAGUAACAGAAAGAUUGCUAUGUCAGAUCCUGGCAGAUACCUCCAAAGUCUCAGGAAGCUACGGGACUAUGCAGCAAAGGGCUGCUGGGAAGCACAGAUAGCUUUAGCCAAAGCUUGUGGGAAUGGAAACCAGCUAGGAUUAGAGCCAAAAUCUUCCAGUGAAAUGGUGUCUCAGAUCUUUCAAGCCUCCCUUCCUAUCAGCAAGCAAAGUAUCUUCACUGUGCAGAAAAGAAUAAAUGAAACAAUGAGGUAUAUCCUGAUUGAUUGGCUGGUGGAAGUGGCUACCAUGAAAGACUUCUCUUGCCUGUGCCUUCACAUGACAGUGGGAUGUGUGGAUCGCUAUCUGAAGCUGAGACCUGUACCUCGGUCUCGACUCCAACUUCUGGGAAUAGCCUGCAUGGUCAUUUGCACACGUUUCAUCAGCAAAGAGAUCUUGACAAUACGGGAAGCUGUGUGGCUAACGGACAACACGUACAAAUAUGAAGACCUGGUUAGGAUGAUGGGCGAGAUCAUUUCUGCCCUGGAGGGAAAGAUAAGGAUACCUACUAUUGUGGACUACAAAGAAGUACUGUCAAACAUAGUCUCACUGGAGAGAAGAACUCUGCACCUUUACAGCUUCAUUUGCGAGCUGUCACUCUUAAACACAAGCCUUUUUGUGUAUUCCCCAGCUCGCCUGGCUGCUGCGGCACUGCUGCUGGCUAAGAUACUACACGGUCAAGCGCACCCCUGGACCAGCCAGUUGUCUGAGUGCACUGGUUUCUCUCUUGAAGACCUGUUGCCCUGUGUGCUAAGCCUCCACCAAAAAUGUUUCCAUGAUGAGGUCCCAAAGGAUUAUAGGCAGGUGUCCUUAACUGCAGUGAAACAACGAUUUGAAGAUGAGCGUUAUGAAGAAAUAGGCAAAGAAAAGAUGAUGAGUUACAGCCAGCUCUGCUCAGUGUUGGGUGUGAAACAGGAGGACCCGGAGCCCAGUCCUUUGCACACAAAUGUGGUGGAAAUUGAGACUUUCCUUAGCUCUCCCUCUGGAAAGAGAACUAAAAGGAGGAGGGAAGACAGCAUUCAGGAUGACAGAGGCAGCUUUGUGACUACGCCUACAGCUGAACUAUCCACCCAGGAAGAAAGCCUUCUAGACAACUUCCUGGACUGGAGUUUAGAUUCCUGCUCUGGUUAUGAAGGUGAUCAGGAAAGUGAAGGCGAGAGAGAUGGAGAUGUGACAGGUCCCAGUGGGAUCUUGGAUGUGACGGUGGUUUAUGUGGACCCAGCGGAGCACUGCUGUCAGGACUCCAGCGAUGAAGAUAACCUCUCUGCAGAGUGGUCCGAGCAUGCGGCACCACAGAGGAAGGCCAAGACACCGGAUGACACUCACAGAGUUUCAACGUAUCUUGCCCCAAGAAAUCCUAACCGGGAAGGGAGCUCGGGCUACUCUUCCAUCAAUGGUGCUAGUCCUGCAUCGUCUGUAGAAGGCAGCUGUGGAGUACCUCUCAAACCUACCUCAGCACUGUCUCUUGGCAGCGCCAUGAACAAGGAGCCAUGCCUGCCUCGUUACUUGGAAUCGUGUUUACAGUCAGUCUGUGCUAGGUCUAGUGAUGGCAAGUGUGACAGAAGGCAAGUCAAACGAAAAAAUGUAGCGGAACACAGUGAAGAAAGGGUGAACUUGGGCUUCUUAAGCCUCUGACUUCACGCUUUUUACUUUUCUAGGUUUCCUGGAAACAGUAUUUCUGUCAUAGUCAUACAGGGAUGAUAGUGAAUAAUUGACAAUACCUCCAAAAAGAGCCCUUCCCCUCAACUUUGCCUACCAUGUCCUGCAAGCCUGUCUUUUAAUUCUGUAGCUCACUUCUGGGCUGUUUCCUUGAUAUCUGUCUUUUUAAAGUAUUCCCUAUUGUCUGGUCCUAUGCAAAUUAAGAUCCUUUUCCACUGACGAAAUGUUAUAGCUUGUCAUACCUCACCAGUUAAUUCUUGGUGAUAGAAGACUUGUCAUGUCCCUUGCUUCACUGUGAGGCCUGGCACUAUAAAAGAAAGGAAUUUAUUUUUGGUUACCAAGUUACUAGAUGUAACACUAUGCUUGAAUUCUUCCAUUUGAAAGACCUUUUUGAGGUUGUGCUGCCUUUUUCUUCUGGCCAGGUACUGUAUCAAGUCAGCUGGUGCUUCCCUUGUCUACGUGUGUGUAUAUAUAUACCCUUUGCUGCACUGAUCUAAGGUUUUUAUGGAUACAAUCAAGAGGUAAACGAAGGCUCACAGCAGGUCUGAGCUUUUAUUUUUUAACCUACCUCUCACAUGGUUUUAAGCCCUAUUUGCCUCAGGCCUUAGUUGCCAUAUGUUCCCUCACCUGAAAAAUCCUCCUCCUGUGCCUUAUGCUUCACUGCCUAAUGCUACAGAAAUGUGAUCUCUGUGAACUGUUAGUCUAUGCUGGAACUGUGUGGUUAAGCUGCCACCUCCAGCCAGUGGCAAAACUUCAUUUCCUGUCUUGCACAGUCUUCCUUGCUCUUUCUAUUAACGUGUCCUGAAAUAAAGCACAAAUCACUUGAACACUAGAAACAGGCAUCAAUGUAGUAAUGGCAAACAUUGUCUUACGGAAAGCCCUAACUUAAUUUUUAUUGCAACUGGAUCCUAAGUCACAUAGGCAGCAUAUGCUUUUCUUCUAUAAAAUGAAAUCUUCUGUGCUGUAUCCGUAGUGAUGUGAAAGAACCAUCUACGCUGACCUCAGCCUAGCCAACCCUGGUUAAAGCUCUGUCAGCCUGUGAAUGUUGGGAAAACAGCCUUCUUCUUAAAAACAUAGUGAGCAUUCAAAUACCAAGGUAUAAGACUUCCAGGAGAUGUCAAUGAAUUUAACACUGGAACUGGACUCCAUGAUUCUCCCUUUGUUUAGAAUUUACUGUGGCAGAUGGCAACAGUUCAGAUACACACAAUGUAGUGACUUUUUUAUAAAACUUUUUUUGUAUAAAUA